AUGUUCAGGAAAAUUGGUUUAAUGCCAAUCAAUUUUGCCAUGAGUAUUUUGGUGGCAGAAAACCCAUAUCGUUUUGGCCACUGGAUAGGAGGUAAAAAGUCGAUCGUUGGCAAGAAUUCUGUUUGGGGCUGGGUUGACCAAAAGCAACAUAUGCAUUACAAAGUUACUUUCGACACGGUCGUGAGUGACGACGGAAAGAAGUUUUUUGCUGUGAAAAAUCGUCUGGUAAAUUGGUUUGGUGCCAAUAAACUAUGCCAUGAGAUUUUUGGCAGUAGAUUAGCAUCGAUUACAAAUCGAUUGCAAAAUGACGCUUUAGCUGAUUAUAUGAGAGGAUAUGGUGAUGUUCGUUUCUGGAUUGGUGCAAAUAAGUUGGUCGACGAUACUAAAUUUGUUUGGUACUUGAUUGACCAGAAGCAGAUGAAUUAUCAAUAUUGGAUGCCAGGAGAGCCUAAUAAUAAUGGCAAUGAAAUGUGUGUCGAAUUUGUUUACGACAUCAGAAAAAUCGUGCAAGUCGAAGCGGUGGAGGGUCACUCUGUGUCAUUGCCUUGUAGCGUGACGCCUCCUAAUCAUGACAAAGUAUACAUGGUCUUUUGGUUCCAAGAUGAUGCUGGAAUUCCAUUAUACAGCUUCGACGUCCGUGGCAAACCCCUGUCGGCUGCACGUCACUGGUCAGCCCCCGAAGUGUUCGGUUCAAGGGCCCAUUUUAGGGCCGACGGUGAACCGGCCAGGUUGGAACUUCAGGACGCCCGAAGGCACGACGCAGGCGUCUAUAGGUGUCGUGUCGACUAUAGACACACACAAACUAGAAGCCUUAGAUACAACUUAACUGUCAUAGUUCCUCCUGAAAUACCAGCGGUUCUCGAUCGGUGGGGACGACAAUUGAAUGGAACCCAAUUGGGUCCUCACGAGGAAGGAGAUGACGUCAUGUUGACUUGCAGAGUAGUCGGAGGGCGUCCUCCACCAACAGUAAGUUGGUUAGUAAAUGGUCUUUUAGUCGAUGGCCAGGCCGAGCAGACGAGUGGUGACGUCAUAGAGAAUCGCCUGAUGUGGCCCACACUGGCCAGGGCCGAUUUAGGGGCCCUUGUUACGUGUCAGGCUAUAAAUACGCAGCUGAUUGAACCCAGAGAGACAUCUUUUGUUUUGGAUAUGCAUUUAAGACCCCUAACAGCAACAAUAAUCCAACCAUCGGAAUCAUUGGUGGCCGACAGAAGGUACGAGGUCAUUUGCGAAUCCGUGGGCUCUAGACCUCCGGCUAUAAUAACCUGGUACAAGGGAAAAAGACAAUUGCGAAGAACGAAGGAUGAAUCUCACGAAAACCGAACAGUAAGUUCCUUGAGCUUCGUACCGAGCACUGAGGAUGACGGAAAAGAAAUUACGUGUCGUGCUGAAAAUCCAAAUGUUACAGGAAUGUUUAAGGAGACUGUAUGGACUUUAGAUGUAGUCUAUCCCCCAAUCGUGACCCUACGUCUAGGAAGUACCCUAAGUGCCGACGACAUUAAAGAAGGUGACGAUGUCUACUUCGAGUGCCACGUCAGCUCCAAUCCGCCUUGGAGGAGACUUUUGUGGAUGCACGAUGGUGCUGUUUUAUCCCACAACACAUCAGGCCGAGUCUUCAGAUCAAACCAAAGUCUGGUUUUGCAACAUGUAACGAGGCAAAGUGCGGGAAAGUACGCCUGUUCUGCAAUAAACAGCGAAGGCGAGACGAUUUCCAACGAGUUGGACUUUCGAGUAAAAUAUGCUCCAGUUUGCCAAACCGAUCAAGUCUCAAUAGUAGGCGCCGGUCGUGGCGAAGAAGUUUUGGUUUUGUGCUCGGUUCAAGCCGAUCCCGGAGCCAAGGCUUUCCGGUGGCAAUUCAAUAAUUCCGGUGAAACCUUGCCCGUCGAUUCCGGAAGAUUUUCGACGAAUGGUACAACCAGUACCUUAAGGUACACACCUGUCAGCGACCAGGAUUAUGGGUCUCUGAGCUGUUGGGCUAUCAAUGAAGUUGGGGUACAGAUUGUGCCUUGCAUGUUCCAGAUCGUGUUUGCAGGAAUACCUACGUCUCCAAAAAACUGUUCCCUAUUCAACCAGACUGCUGAUUCAGCAGAAAUCGAAUGCGAAUCGGGUUACGAUGGAGGACUGCCUCAGCAUUUUUUGUUGGAAAUAUUUUCCGGACAGUCGAGAAAACCGAGGUAUAAUCAAACGAAUUUAGACACUCCUGAUUUUUACCUGUACGCCCUAGAGCAAGAUAUAAAAUUGAAAAUAAUGAUUUUUGCGAUCAAUGCAAAGGGGAGGUCUCCACCGUUUAUUAUCGAUGAAGUGAUGUUUACGGAUUCUGACCAAUAUAUGGCGAGCGCUUUCGCCAUCUCUCUCUCGCCCUUAUUAGGAGCAGGUUUGGGGGUAGUUCUGACACUGUCCUUAGCCCUUCUGGUGCUCUUGUACAAACUCAAAAGGGAUUCGACUAGGGACAAACUUUGGAUUCCGGCGGGAAAGGACGCUCCGGUGCUCACGAACGAAGACGAUCCGGAUCCGGACGUUAUUCCGGCGAAACACGAGCUAAAUGGUCUUCAAGAAGACUCCGAUAGCGAAUUCGCCAAACCGGUGUUACGAUCCGGCCCUGGAAGGCCCCAUCAUUGGAAAUCUAACAGAAAUUCCAGGACAGAGUAUGGUGACUCCACCGGUGGAGCCUGGGACACCCGGCCCAAGGACCUGUUGCUGCCUAAAAAAUUGACAUCAGGCGGCAGCGAUAUCGACCUCAACACGCAGACGAUAACGGAUCGUCUGAUGGCCAGCAGGGUGCCCGAGAGUUGUGUUUAG